AUGCGCAUGCGCGGUGCGGCUGACGCUGCUGUUGCUGGAAAGUUUGUAUCACUCUUGAUAUUUUCGCUAGCGUCGCGUCCCGCUGGAGACCGACCGCGUCGGGGACACUGCAGCCGGCGACAGCCAGGAGGAGCGGACAUGGCCGUCGCCCAGCACCACAGAGCUGCCGUGUCGUGGGUCUGGGGUCAGUUUGUACCGAAGCUGGAUGGAGUUCCUGCCGUUGGACACCGCGUCCUGGCCUAGCUAACCGCCACCAGCAACAACAACUCCGCCGGAGAGACUAGCACGAUGCUCCCGCUCUGACCGCAGGAUCCCUCUCGUAUCUGGAUUGGCUUUAUCGGUCACCACCACCACCACCGCCGCCAUGUCGGACCAAAACUACUAUUGGACCGUGCUGCCGAGUUACAAAACUAGUUUUGUGACCGGGGCCAUGAUGAAAAGAACCAAAGGUUCGCGUAACAACAAGAGAAGGAGUUUGGCGGUAGGGACCACGUCGCCCACGCUCUCACGACCGCUUUCACCUCUCCCACUUGCCACAGCAGGCAGCAGCCCAUCGGAGAGCCCCAGAAAUGUCUCUGCCAGCACCUCUGCCAACUUCCAGUUUGCCCGCAGCCAGCUGGCCCGUACUGAAAGGGCGGACGGGCGAAGGUGGUCUGUGGCGUCAGUUCCCUCAUCAGGAUACUGCACCAACGCACCCAGUUCAUCAGUAUCUUCCUCCUCUUCCCAGGAGCUAUUGCACCAGUUGCCCUUCCAGCCCACACAAGAUGAUCUCCACUUCCUGUUCAAACAUUUCCGGAGUACGGAGAGCGUGGCGGACGAAGAAGGAGCGCAGCCCUCGGCCCCUGUCCGACUCCGCUCACGCAGUCUCAGCCCUGGACGGACCUGUGGAACAUUUGACAAUGAGAUUGUCAUGAUGAAUCAUGUUUACAAAGAACGCUUUCCUAAGGCGACGGCCCAGAUGGAGGGUCGGCUGCUUGACAUCAUUGCAGAGUGUUCCCCGGGCUCCGCUCUGCCCCUGGCUGACGGGGUGCUGGGAUUCAUUCAGCACCAGCUGCUGGAGCUCGCCAGAGACUGUCUGGACAAGUCCCAGAAAGGCCUGGUCACCUCCAGGUACUUUGUGGAGCUGCAGGAGAAUCUGGAGAAGCUGCUGCACGAGGCGUACGAGCGUUCAGAGAGCGAGGAGGUGACCAUCAUCACCAAACUGGUCAAGAAGAUUCUCAUCAUUAUUUCCAGGCCUGCCAGGCUCCUUGAGUGUCUGGAGUUUGAUCCAGAGGAGUUUUACCAACGUUUGGAAGUGGCAGAGGGUCAAGCCAAGGUUGGCCAGGGCAUCAAGACUGAUAUUCCCAGAUACAUCAUCAGCCAGCUCGGCCUCAACAGGGAUCCCCUGGAAGAGAUGGUCCAUCUGGAGCAGACAAGCCCAAGUCACAGGUCGGCCAGCAGAGAGUCUGAUGACACUGGAGAGACGACGCUCACGCAGAGCCGAGCAGCAUGCACCCCUCCUCGAAGGAAACCACUGGAGAGUGACUUUGACACCAUCAAGCUCAUUAGCAACGGCGCCUAUGGGGCUGUGUUUCUGGUGCGCCACAGGGAAACCCGACAACGUUUUGCCAUGAAGAAGAUAAAUCGUCAGAAUCUGAUUCUCAGGAACCAGAUCCAGCAGGUGUUUGUGGAGCGGGACAUCUUAACCUUUGCUGAAAACCCAUUCGUGGUUUCUAUGUUUUGCUCUUUUGAGACUCGGAGGCACCUCUGCAUGGUCAUGGAGUACGUGGAAGGUGGAGAUUGUGCAAACCUUUUGAAAAACAUUGGUCCUCUGCCUGUGGACAUGACGCGGAUGUAUUUUGCAGAGACUGUCCUGGCGUUAGAGUAUCUCCACAACUACGGCAUCGUACACAGAGACCUCAAACCUGACAAUUUGUUAAUCACCUCCAUGGGCCACAUUAAGCUGACAGACUUUGGACUGUCGAAGAUGGGUCUUAUGAACAUGACUACCAACUUGUAUGAAGGACACAUUGAGAAAGACACCAGAGAGUUCAUUGACAAGCAGGUGUGUGGGACUCCAGAGUACAUUGCUCCAGAGGUGAUCCUGAGGCAAGGCUAUGGAAAACCUGUGGACUGGUGGGCCAUGGGCAUUAUCCUUUAUGAGUUCCUAGUGGGCUGUGUGCCUUUCUUCGGAGACACACCAGAGCAGCUCUUUGGUCAGGUGGUUAAUGAUGACAUCAUCUGGCCCGACGGGGAGGAUGCUCUGCCACCGGAUGCCCAGGACCUUAUCACUAGACUACUGAGGCAGAGUCCUCUGGAUCGUCUGGGAACAGGUGGAACUACCGAAGUGAAGAUGCACAUGUUCUUCCUGGGUCUGGACUGGAACGGGCUCCUGAGGCAGAAAGCUGAAUUUAUACCUCAACUUGAAACUGAAGAGGACACCAGUUACUUUGACACUCGAUCGGAGCGCUUCUGUCACAUGGGCUCAGAUGACGAGGAUGACACCAACGAUGAUGAUGAAUCAUCUCUGGAGCUCCGUCAGUUCUCCUCAGUAGCCCAUCGCUUCAGCAAGGUGUACAGCAGCACUGAGCACCUGUCCACAUCCACACCGUCCAACCAGAGCCUGUCGUCAUCAGAGCGAAGCCACAGCGAGGAGAAGGAGGAAAGGUGGGAGGGCAGGGGGGUCCAUUCCCCGGGUGACGGGCACAAACACUCGGCUUGUGGAGACAGGAGGGCAGAUGGACACAGGGGGAGUCUGCGUCCUCGCACUUCAUCCGGUUCCUCCCAGUCAGAGCGCAGUGCCAGCCCGCUGGUUAUGAACAGCACCCAGAGCCUCGACAUCAUGCCUCGCUUCGCCAUCUCUGCAGAAGAGGAGGAUGGGAUGGUUUCCAACCUGCGGCGCAUUCGUCUCCGGAGCAACAGCACAGGCACCAGGCCGUCGUUUAGAAGAGGGGCAUCUCGACGAAUUGCUCACCAGCUGGAGACCCCAGAGAAACCCAGAUCCCCGGCCGGCAAAGUCCCCAAGUCUGCGUCUGUCUCUGGCCUCUCUCUCAUCAUCACCCCAGACGACUCAGCAGGUCCUCCUACGAGCCCCAAAUCCUCUUUGUCCCUGUCGUCCAACCCCUCGUCCAGAGACUCGUCUCCCAGCCGGGACCUGAGCGUCAGCGUCAGUUGCCUCAGGCCUCCUGUGGUCAUCCACAGCUCUGGGAAGAGGUUUGGCUUUGCCCUGCGAGCGAUCAGGGUCUACAUGGGAGACAGUGAUGUCUACACUGUCCACCACAUGGUCUGGUGUGUUGAGGAGGGCAGUCCAGCACACGAGGCCGGAUUGAGGGCUGGUGACCUCAUCACUCACGUCAACGGGGAGUCGGUCCAAGGACUCGUCCACACUGAGGUGGUGGAGCUGUUGCUCAAGAGUGGCAACAGGGUGACCUUGCAGACGACUGCUCUAGAGAACACGUCCAUCAAAGUGGGCCCUGCCAGAAAGACCAGCUACAAGGCCAAGAUGGCCCGGCGCAGCAAGAAGAGCAAGAGGAAGGACGGACAGGACAGCAGACGACGUAGCAUCUUGAAGAAGCUGUCGAAGCAUACGCCGCCUCCGCCCUUGCAGAGCAGUCGUAGCUUCUCUUCAGGGUUCCACCAGUCAUCGAGUGACAGCCUCUCUGGUUCCCCCACACAGAGUCUCUCUCCUGGGCCUUCCACACCUUGCCGCUCCCCUGCUCCUGACCACUCUGGAGAUUCAAGUUCUUCUCCUUGCUCCAGCUCCCCUAACUCACCUGUACCUCAGGCCCGCCCCAGUUCCCUACAUGUUUUGGGUCGCUACACUAAAGCUGGCCGCUGCAAGUCCACCAGCAGUAUCCCUCCUUCACCACUGGCCUGCAUCCCACCUCCUCAGGCUCUCUCUCCCCAGUGUUCUCCAUCCUGCCUCCCCAGUCACCCCAAAUCCCUGCAUGGUUUCCAUGGCAAAACAUUGUCCCCUCCCACUAUCGCGCGCCAUUCUGUGCGUCCCCGCAGCGCAGAACCUCCACGUUCACCGCUCCUCAAGAGAGUCCAGUCAGCAGAGAAGCUGACGGGAGACAAGUCAACGGGAGGGUACCAUGGAGAAAGGAAGGCCUACAACACCCGCCGCCACACCAUGGAGGUUCCUCUGUCUGAGGGGGAGGGGCUGGAGGACAUGGAGGGGGACACCGCCACUGGGUUCGUAUGUGUCGGUGAGCACGGCCGCCAGGGGCUGUACAUCGGAGGGCAGAGAGGCUACCAUGACACAACCAGCGGAGGCAGCGAGCAUCACCGAUCUAUCGCCUCGCAACAACACCGGGGCGGCAACCACCACUCCAACGAGGUGGUGGUGAUGAGGAAGCUGGCAUUGUCCGAACGCAGGGACUCCUUCAAGAAACAGGAGGCCGUACAGGAAGUGAAUUUUGAUGACUUGGAAGAUAAAGAGAUGCCGCCAAGCCCAACACUUCCUGUCACACAGCCGAAGGCAUUCAAGGCGUCCUGGAUCAACUCGCCCCCGAAAGAAUCCGGUGUGAAGCUGGAAGGAAGAGGAUCACAGGGUAAAGCGACACAGCAGAAAGCCAAUCCAAAAGACAAAGGAGGGUUUUAGUUUUUCACUUUGCCAGAGAUAAUAGGUCGACAAAGUGAAAAGAAGUUUUUGACCUGCUACUGUACUUACAGGCCUUGUGUGUACAGAAAACUGUGAUAAAGUCCCAAAAUCAACACAAGCAGCUGCACGAAGAUGAAAGUCAAAUCAAUGUUUCUCAGUAGUAAAUGCACCCUCCAACACUGUUAUCGGAAUGAUGACUGCCAAACUGUGUUUACGUCAUAGUUGCUUUUUUUUAUCGGUUCUCAAAUCACUGUGGCACCAAUAAGUGAUGUAUUUUGUAAAUAGUUUUUGUUUUAAAUGAAGAAACCUAUUUAUGACUUUUUAUGCUCAUGGUUUUUUUGGGGGGGGGGGUUGCUGAAAAAGCUUUGGGUGCUUCAGCUGUUAUUAUUUCAGGAAUUGCACAAAAAGAAAAGCUGCGUGACAGUCGAUAUCAAACACCAUGUCAUUUUUACAUACAGCGAUGCCUGUCGAGAGCAGGGUGCUUUGUGUUCAGAUUGGCUCUUUGAAGGAAACCAAGUGUUAGUCCUGCAACAUAUAUUGUAUUUCACAAUUUGAAAAGAUUUUCUGUGCUGCCUCUCUGACAUACAGUUUGUGGUGGUGAACAUUUAAACGAUCCCGAAAGGACUUUGUAGAGCAAAAUAUCAACAUCAUAAUAUUUUGAAGAUUUACGCUGGUGCCAAAGCAUGGUUUGGACAUUCGAACCAUUUAAAAGAGGUACUGUAGUCGUACAUACGAAGCUUCAUGCAUGUGUGGGCUUUACUGCCACUUGCUCUAGUCCUGUUUCCAAAAAAAAAGAAAAUACUCCUUUAGCAGUGGUUAAACAAGAACCUGAUCAUCAUACAGGUGUGUAGAUAAAGCUUUGCGACUACCUUCGGAGACCAGGCUGUUGCCUCUGUCUCCUAUUACUCUGUUUGAAUCAAGCCUCCGUCCAGCUCCUCACAAAUCUCCUCUAGCUGAAGUGUUUGCACAAGUCGUAGUUGUAGUAGAACAGUUAGAGCACACUUAUAUUUCAGGACUAUCUAAAUCUCUGUGGGGUUCAAAUAUUGUACAGUGGAUGCAACAAACUGAAGUGGCUCCCUUGGCUGUUUAAAAAAAAAAAAAAAAAGUGUAUUAUGAAUGAAUGUUUACAAUUCAGUGCAAAUAUGUGUGUGGACUUAGUCAUAGUUUUUUUUGUUAAAUUAUUAUGAAAAAACAAAUGAAUGGCAGAAUUGGUGCAAGAAGCCCUGAAUGGAUAGAGGAUUGAGUCAAGGUGUUCUCAUUUUGUAUAUUUUGAUAUGGAAACAGUCUUGUUGCAGUACUCAUAACCUAUGCUGUUGAUAUAUAUUGUUUAAACGAUGGUGGACCUUAUAGCAGCUGUAGGGGGUGGUGUUUUUGAAAGUGACCUUGUAAGAGUAGAUGGAUGAAAUAAUGUGUAAUAAUCUCCCAUUUCGAUCAACCUGAUGGUGCAUGAUGCACAUCCCAGCAUAAAUUUCCCCCAAUUUUAUUGUACAUUCAUUUAAUUUGUAAAGAUGGAAGGUUAUUAACUUCAUCUGAUAAGCCUUAAUUUUUUUUUUUUUUUAAUAUGAGACUGAUUUGAGCUUUAAAGUGAGGAUGGAGAUACGAACAUAAGGGAUUUGUUUUUCGUCCUUUGUAGUUUUCUAUUCAUUUAAGAAAUGAUUGGAUCAGCAGCCAAUAAUGCUUCCAGUCUUAUUUCAUAUUCUUUGUUGCACAGACGAAGUGUGCCUUGUGUUCUUAGUUUAAUGAAGACACACAUGUUUGUGUUACAGUAUGCAGGGCAGAGGGAACUUGAAAUGGGAAUUUGUAAGCCUUGGAAAAUGGUUAAGCAUUGUUAGGGUUCAAACUAGAAGUUAGAUGUUUGUUCAUUGUAAAAAAUGAAAUGUCUGUGUGGGAUUUGUUACUGAAUUUCUGAUGCAAUAUUCUACAUCCUGGUAAUUACUUUGGAUUUAAUGUUUGUAUUUUGCAUCACCAACAAAACAUCAUAGCAUCCUUUGAUCUUAAGUUGUAUCAUCUUUUUUUAUUUUAUUUUUUUCUAGAGUUCAUUUUGUGGCGAACCCAGCAGCAGCGGUCCAUACCAGCAAUUUAUCAAACUGAAGCAACACAAGAAACUCCUGGUCUCUCUUUUUUCCUGUGUGUGUGUGUGUUUGUGUGUUAAAAUCCAUGUCCUCACACAGAUGCUCAACUGUCGUUCUCCACAUUUGCCACACUAAUUUUAGCGUAGUUGUGCGUUAAAAUUGUUGCUCCCUACUCCAGCCGCUGUGUCCCUGGAUGACAAACUAGCCUUUGUGAAGCUCUUACCAUGUGGAUAUCUGGUGCCGACUGGGUGUGACAUUGUCUGUUUUUCUAUCGUCUUAACAGUGCUUGAAAUAAAUGAGUUGCAGAGGACUCAAAAGUCCAGGACUACAAAGUG